CUCGCCCCCACGCACACGAGCGCACAGCCGCGCACGCAAAAGGCCCGGCCAGCGGACGCCGACGGACUUUUCUCCCCACGCUUCCUUCAUGGGCUGCUGCGGCUCCUCGCUGCGGUCGUGGGUCCACGCGGAGAAGCCGCCGGCGCCCCGGCGGCCCGCUCCAUCUCCCCCGCCGCCGCACCGCCCCUCCUUCACCCUCAAGGCGCAGAAGGCCGCCCCGCCGCCGCCGACCGCGGCACGUGGGGAGGAGGAGCAGGAGGUCCCGGCGCUCGCGGAGUUCUCGCUGGCGGAGCUCCGCGCGGCCACGGACGGCUUCGCGGCGGGGAACAUCGUGUCGGAGAGCGGCGAGAAGGCUCCCAACCUCGUCUACAGGGGCCGGCUGCGGGGCGCCGCCCCUCGCGCCAUCGCCGUCAAGAAGUUCGCCAAGCAUGCCUGGCCCGACCCCAAGCAGUUCGCGGAGGAGGCGAAGGGGGUGGGCAAGCUGCGGCACCGGAGGCUGGCAAACCUCAUCGGCUACUGCUGCGACGGCGACGAGCGGCUGCUUGUCGCGGAGUUCAUGUCCAACGAUACCCUCGCCAAGCACCUGUUCCACUGGGAAAACCAGACUAUUGAAUGGGCUAUGCGUCUGAGAGUUGCAUACUACAUUGCCGAAGCAUUGGGAUAUUGCAGCAAUGAGGAACGCUCUUUAUAUCAUGACCUAAAUGCAUACAGAGUCCUCUUUGAUGAGAAUGGUGAUCCACGCCUCUCAUGCUUUGGUCUGAUGAAAAACAGCAGGGAUGGGAAAAGUUAUAGCACAAAUCUAGCGUACACACCUCCAGAAUAUCUGAGAAAUGGCAGGGUCACAGCAGAAAGUGUCAUUUUCAGUUUUGGCACUGUACUCCUCGAUCUUCUCAGCGGAAAGCGCAUACCUCCUUCCCAUGCACUUGAUAUGAUAAGAAGCAGAAACAUCCAAGCACUAAUGGAUUCACAUUUGGAGGGGAACUACUCAACGGAGGAGGCUACUACUUUGGUGAAUCUUGCUUCUCAAUGUUUGCAGUAUGAACCAAGAGACCGGCCUGAUAUAAAGAAGUUGGUUUCCAUUCUCGAGCCACUGCAAACCAAAUCAGAGGUGCCAUCCUAUGUGAUGCUUGGAGUUCCGAAACCUGAUGAACCGUCAAAGGCACCACCUAGCCCUACUCCACAGCCACAGCACCCUCUUUCUCCCAUGGGAGAAGCCUGUUCAAGGAUGGACCUAACUGCCAUACAUCAGAUUCUAGUCUCGAUGCAUUACAGAGAUGAUGAAGGGAGUAAUGAGUUAUCGUUCCAAGAAUGGACACAGCAGAUGAGGGAUAUGUUGGACGCCCGGAAACAGGGCGACUUUGCUUUCCGAGACAAGGACUUCAAAGCAGCCAUAGAUUGUUAUACUCAGUUUGUUGAUGUCGGGACAAUGGUGUCGCCAACGGUUUACGCCAGACGGAGCUUGUGCCACCUGAUGUGUGACCAGCCUGACGCUGCCCUCCGGGACGCAAUGCAAGCGCAGUGUGUGUAUCCCGAUUGGCCCACAGCUUUCUACAUGCAGGCGGUCGCCCUGUCCAAGCUAGAUAUGCAGAGUGACGCCACCGACAUGUUGAACGAGGCCUCACAACUUGAAGAGAAGAGGCAAAAGAGCGCAAGAGGUCCAUGAAUGAAGAGCAUAUUAAACUCGGAGAAGUCACAUCCAUCCCAUAUAUAUGUAUGUAAUCGGUAGUUUGCGCUGAUCUGAGCGGUAUAGGAGCUAGAAGAUCUGCGGGAAGACGUUUCACUGAAGAGUCCUGCGAAUGCGAUUGAAGGAACUCGUUUGGUUUGGCAUACCUGUGAUAGGUAGUGCAUUUUUGGGCCCAUGUUUGUUGUAUAUAACGUCAGUUGAAACAGGCAGCAAACGCGGUCGUUCGUUUGAAUGUGUGUUGCUGGUUGUUGGGAAGGGUCCUUGUUGUAGCUAAAGCAAAUAAACAUACCUAUAUCCUGUUUGUACAGAAAAUAUUGGUUUGGAUGUACAUCGGCCUGAGUACAUUCCUGCUCAUCUUAUGGGCUAUGUAGAAUUGUGGAGUCCUUGCAUAA